UUCCAUUCCAUCCAUAUUAAUUUAACUAACUUUCUAUAUUAUUCCCUUAUUAAGCUUCAACUUUGGCGUGGUAAAGUUAUUAGCAACGUCACCCUCCGGUCGCCGGUUAACUCAGAAUGUCGCCGGAAUCUGUUCUAUUGUCAUUCUUCUCACUACUUCUACUUCUGGCAGUAACAGUAGCAGGAGGACGAGAUCCCUGCGAUCCCACCACCCUGCCGGACCCACGGUCCCUCCGAUCCGACCAAUUGACGGUCCUGAUCAACGGCUACGCUGAAUCCCGAAUCCCCCUGCUCCGCUCGAUCGCCGCCGCGUACUCCGCCUCCCCCUCCGUCGCUUCCAUCGUCGUCCUCUGGGGAAACCCCUCAACCCCCUCCCAAACCCUAGCCCAGCUCUCCCGCAACCUCUCCGCCACCGCCUCCGCAGCCCCGAUCUCCGUCCUCCGCCAGCGUUCCGACAGCCUCAACUCUCGCUUCUUCCCCCGUCCUUCCAUUGCCACCCGGGCCGUCCUCAUCUGCGACGAUGACGUCGAGAUUGACGCCAAAUCGGUCGAUUUCGCCUUCCGAGUCUGGAAUUCGAACCGGAACCGCCUAGUAGGGUUCUUCGCGAGGUCGCACGACUUCGACCUCGCGUCCCGGUCGUGGAUCUACACGGUCCACCCGGACAAGUACUCGAUCGUGCUCACCAAGUUCAUGAUCACCAGAACCGAGAGCCUCUACCAGUAUAGUUGCGGCGGCGGGCGCCCGAUGGCGGAGGCGCGAGCGAAGGUGGACCAGAUGCGGAAUUGCGAGGACAUCUUGAUGAAUUUCGUGGCGGCGGAGGAGGCGAGCGCCGGGCCGAUUCUGGUGGCGGCGGAGAGGGCCAGAGAUUGGGGGGACCCCCGGAACGAAGGGCGGAGAGAGGGAGUGAGAGAAGCGGGGUUGAGCAGCAGGAGGAGCUAUCAUCGGAAGAGGAGGGGGGAUUGUAUAAGGGAGUUUCAUCGGAUUCUGGGGAAGAUGCCAUUGAGGUAUAGCUAUGGCAAGGUCGUUGACUCGGUCGGCGAACAGGGGCUGUGUUGGAAAGCCGGGAAAUUGGUGUUAUGCGAUCGGCAGCUUCCCGCCUGAAAUUGCCUCUGGCCGGAACUGCUUCGCCGACGGCUGCAAGUCUCCAAAAAAUUGUGUAGUAUUCGAUUGUGAUAAAUAGUGAUCUUUUCAUGUACUAACAAAUUUCCCAUUAUUCCUUAUAACUUAUUCAUCUAUAUUUAUAUUAUUGUA